AUGUCCACAACAACCACCCCAUACUCUAGACAGGACUCUCUUCAGAGCAUUGACAUGGACUCAACAGCAGACAAAGCAGAGCGCAAGCGCCAGAAACGCCCAGCGAGAAUUCCGUACGUAAUCCUGCACCAUCUUCAUAGACCAAUUACCAACCGGCUCGUUCACCCAGGUCGAAGAAGAAAGGAAUAUCUCAAGAACCUCGAGAAAGCCCAAAAAGAGCAGAGCAAUGUCAAGCAGCCAGACGAGAUCAUGCAGCUAAAGCACGAGAACGAGAUGAUGAGAAGAGAAAUUCAAGCUUUCCGAGCAAUCAUGCAAAGAUUGCCGCCGCUGUUGUUGAAUCAAAUGAUGUCGUCGUCAAUGUCCGUUCCACCUUUCUCACGCGGCACACAUCACCGUUUGCCCUCGCCAUCGAUUUCCGCUUCGUCAAUUCCAGGAACUCACUGCUCUCCUGCCAUCAUGGGCUCGGAAAGUGUGUCAAUGGCAGCUCGGUUCCAGGAAACACAGCCGGUGUUAGCUCGCUCGACCUAUGUAUACGACCCUGCUUUGUCAUCUCAGCAAUACUUCAUGGUACAUGCAUCUGGCCUCCGUUUUGAUCCACAAAGCUCACCUGACUCCACAGGGCUCCGAAUUACCCAAUUUUCAAAAUCCGGGGUGAUUUUACCCUACGAUCGCACCAAAGCUCGACUUGAGAUCCUCGAGCUCUUCCGCCCGUUCCAUUCCGACCCAGCAGUCAUCUCCGAUCCCCAGCGCCGCCUCGCCGCUCUACGGACCCUGAGCAAAAGCUUGCCCAGCUCUCUGAAGCCUUGUCGCCGAGCUCGGCGUCACGGGCGGAGACGGCAGCGAGGUAUCACCUGUCACCAUCUGGGGCGACGAGCCGCUUAA